CUGCUGCUUGCCGUAGUUAACUGUAAACACGGAAGUUACGUUGUUCUAGUGUUCUGUUUUCAUAUGCUAAAAGAGAAUUUGCUCAGCUAGCUAUCACAGCGACGUUUUGACACUCUUCCCAACGAGUAGUUGGGUCUUAAAUUCUUAUCAAGGUGUCCACGUUGAGAUAAAGAAAGACGAAAUACAAAAUCGACCGUUUGACCAUCUCCCUCUGUCGCUAAAUGCAAGGGAGCUAGCGUUAGCUAUAUGUCGUUUACUGAGCAAUUUUCUAAGCAAGGGAUGACAGAUAAAAAAGAGAAAACAUUUAGGUUUGUGAUUGUGGGAGGUGGCAUCGCGGGAGUGACAUGUGUUGAGCAGCUAUCAUCCCAGAUGCCGUCAGCUGACGUGGCUCUGAUUACAGCAGGUCCCCAUAUCAAGGCAGUGACCAACUAUAAACAGGUGUCCAGGACUCUGGAAGAGUUUGAUGUUGAGGAAAGACCAUCCAGUGUUUUAGAAGAGAAAUUUCCCAACCUGACUGUCAUCCACUCCGCUGUCAGAUCACUUCACACACAGUCUCAUUCUGUGGAAACUGCAGAUGGUCGUGUUUUUGGUUAUGAGAAGCUGUGUAUCUGCAGUGGGGCCAGACCCAAGCUCCUAACCCAGGACAACCCUUAUGUUCUGGGAAUACGGGACACAGACAGCGCGCAGGAGUUUCAGAAGCGGUUGUCUAAAGCAAAGAGAAUUGUUGUUGUUGGCAAUGGAGGGAUUGCCUUAGAAUUAGUACAUGAGGUUGAGGGCUGCGAGGUGGUCUGGGCUGUGAAGGACAAGGCCAUAGGAAACACCUUCUUCGAUGCUGGGGCGGCACAAUUUCUCAUCCCAACGCUUGAGGCUGAAAAACCAGAAGGAGCUGUUUCCUGUAAGAGAACUCGCUACACCACUGAGGAUCCAGUGCCCGGAGCAUCUCAGACCUUCACAGCAGAUAGAAGUGCACAAGGCCGUGGUUCUGGUCCCACAGAGGCUGGCAGUGCCCUCGGCCCAGACUGGCAUGAAGGAAUAGUUCUUCGAGGAGCUGAGCAGGUAUCCCGCAGAGUUUUAUUGGAAUACCAGUGCGAGGUGGAAAGGAUCUUCACCUCCGAGGAGCUGCUCAGUUCCCUACAGCAAACACUCAGACAUGAGAAUGCAGAAUCAUGGCCACUUUAUGUCCAGCUGACCAAUGGCAAAACAUUUGGCUGUGAUUUUGUUGUCAGUGCCACCGGUGUGGUGCCAAACACGGAGCCAUUUCUCCAUGGCAACAAGUUUGCACUGGCAGAUGAUGGUGGCUUGCAGGUAGAUGACCACAUGAUGACAUCAGAACCAGAUGUGUAUGCUGCAGGAGAUGUGUGCACUGCAUGCUGGGAACACAGUCCACUGUGGCAGCAGAUGCGUUUGUGGACGCAGGCCCGUCAGAUGGGUUGGUAUGCCAGCCGCUGUAUGGCAGCGCACAUCCUGUCUGAAACAAUAGAACUGGACUUCUGCUUUGAACUCUUCUCACACAUUACCAAAUUCUUCAGCUACAAGGUCGUCCUGCUAGGCAAAUUUAACGGCCAGGGGCUGGGGUCCGACCAGGAGCUGCUGGUGCGCUGUACCAAAGGCCAGGAGUAUGUCAAGGUUGUGCUCAGCGGAGGUAGGAUGGUGGGAGCGGUGCUUAUCGGAGAAACAGACAUGGAGGAGACCUUUGAAAACCUAAUCCUCAAUCAGAUGGAUCUGACCCCGUAUGGAGAGGAGCUGCUCAACCCCAACAUUGAUAUAGAGGACUACUUUGAUUAAUGGUGAUAGGGGUUAUUUAGGGGUAUCCCAAAUUCACAAAUCAUGCAAGAUAGAUGACAAUGAAGCUUGAUUUUGGUUCUUGUUAAUGCAUUUGUAUAUUUAAGAAUGUGUUUUUGCUUUAAAAUAAAUUAUUUUCA